CUUGCUGAAAAAACAAAUAUUGUAAAUGCAAGUAUUAUGUGUUUACUGCAGUGCCAAAGGUUAGAGUCAUGAACAAACCGUGAAACAAAAACAAAAAACAAAAAAAAAAAACUCCCCACAGCCAAACAGCAGAGCCCCUGACUCACUCACAGUGUGCAUCACUGUCGACACUGGAGUCCAGUGAUGUCAUAAUGAUGUCAAUGCCCCUAAAUGUAAGUUCCACAACGCUGCUGCUGACUGUGGUAAUAUUUUAGUCUGAGAGAAGACGCGGGAAGGGACACACUCUCUUGAAGAUCCAGGGAGUAGAAAAGUAUGGCUGUGACUGGGGACGAAUCAGAAACAGGCCCCACAGGUGAGCUCGUUGGCGCCAGCUCCAUUCUCCCGCUGGCUGUGGCACAGAGCAGCACUCACAGCCCCCAUAAGCCUUUCGAAGAUGUGUCACAGAAGAGGGAACAGCGCUUGAUGAAGAAUAGGGAAGCCGCCCGGGAGUGUCGUCGAAAGAAGAAAGAGUAUGUUAAAUGCCUGGAAAAUCGUGUGGCCGUGCUUGAAAAUCAAAACAAGACUCUGAUCGAGGAGCUAAGAGCCAUGAAAGACAUCUACCGACACAAAGUCGAGUGAUCUUUUUCAUUCGAAACAUGGAGAAAGGACAAACACCCGCAAAUUCUACUGUAAAACCCUCGUGGCAAACAAUCCCUCAAAUCCCUUUUGUUAGAUUUUUGUGAUUUCAGCGUUUUUCUAACAUGCCAACAGCAGCAAAAACAGCAAGUUAGGUCAUGUCAGUCUUCAAGAUCAUGUGUGUUGUAAACAGGAC